AUGCGCAACGAUGAGGCCGCUGGCGAGAAUGGUCAAGGCAACGGCACCAACAGCAAGGAGACUGUUCGCAUCACUGUGACGGAGGAGACGCAGCGGUCGUUCCAGAGUGCAACACAGGAAGCGUGGCAGAGUGACGGUGAAAGGGAUGACGAUGAUAACGAGCCGAUGCAGGCAACGAACACAGACGAUGCGUACGCGCUUGCACGGGACGGCCCAGCAGCGGCCUCAGAGGAACAUGAUGACGACGACAGCAGCAACGAGCAUCGGCUGCCGACGUUUGAUGAAAUUGACGGAGAUCCGGUCCUGGUCCCCGUCCAGAUGCCACACGACGAGAAGUCGUCGUCACACCGCGGUGCCGGCGCGGCCAAAGACAGCCCGCUCUUUGUGCGCUCACAGGCAACGGCAUCCAUCGUCACCGCAGAGCAGCGUCAUGAUGGCGAUGGUGGCGGUCGCAUGAGACAGCGCACCAUCAGCUCCACCAGCAGCAAGCUGAGCACGGGUGCCGGCCCCAGCGAGGAGGAUGCAAGCAUGAUGACAAAGCCGCUCGGUGCGGGGCUGGUUGAUGCGGAGGGGUACACGAUCCGCACAUCGCCCUCGCCGCCGGCGGAGCGGAAGCGGCGCGACAGCUUCUACAGCAGCGACGAGGACGACGACGACGACAAGAAGGCGUGGCGGUCGCUGAGCAUUCGGGAGUCGUCUGUCUCCUCCGAGGCCACAGCCGAGGACGUCUCAGCCGGCGUGCAAGAGCUGUCGAUGAAUCUCGGGCCCGCACCGUCGUCACGACGUGGACGUUCAGGCAAACACAACAUCUCCGCAGAUCCAUUUGGAGACAUCUCUGCUGUGAGCGGGAGUCCCCUGCCGAAUGCGCGCGGACGCGUCGUUGAUCCGUUUCUCGAGUCAACACCGCUCCCCCCGCGGUCGCUGUCGCCAUCAUCUGGGCAGCAGGACGCGUGGCAGACCCCGACACACACGCGACGCAGCGCCGACUUUGUUGUGCCAAAGCCGUCCGCCCUCGCACACAUGCACAUGCGCGCCGAGAUGGGGAUGGGGAUGGAGGCGUCCACACCACGGCCAGCAGCCGGCGCCCAGCAGCGCAAACCAUCAUCAUCAUCUGGCGAUGGUGGUGGUGGUGGUGGGGUUGUCAAUGAUCCAUUUGCAGUGGACGCGAGUGGUGGCGAUGGCGGCGACACAGCGGCUGUGCUCGGGUUUGGGGAUGAAGAGGAUAUGCCCGCCGAUCGCCCAACGCAACAGCAACAGCGUGGUGGAGAAGGUGUGGUGAAGGGUGGUGAGGAGAGACAACACACGACUGCGACGACUGCGACUGCAGCAGCGACGGCAAAGGAUGUGGAGUUUGUGGAUGUGCGCAAGCUGCAGUUUCUGCCAACGCCCCUGGAUGAGGUUCCCCUGGACGUGUUGACGCGUGUGAAGACGGAGCUACGGCAGAAGCGCAUCAAGCUGUGGCUCCUCCCCUACACGGACGAGCACGGCACAGGCCACGUCGCCCCCUCCCUCAUCGAUGACAUCACAGACACCGUCAAAGCAGAGCGGCGGCACGUUGCGAGUGCUGUGGAGAAGCUGCGGGUGAUGGCAUACAACAAAAAGGUGCUGGCACUGCAACGAAAGGCGUCCAUGCUCACCCCGUCCAGAAAUACUCUAGCAUAG